AUGGCUGGUGCACCUGGCCCUCCUCCAGUGUCCAACUAUCCUCCCGGAACCCAGUUCUGGGAGACGGACGACUGGGCUGGCGGCCACCAGGCCCGACUCAACAUCGCCCUGGUCAUCCUCAGCUCUCUUGUUGUCUUCACGCGCCUCUACACUCGUUUUUUCAUGGCCAAGACGCCCGGGUGGGACGAUCUGCUCGCUGUGCUUGCGCUGGGGGUUGUUUGUGCACAGUCUGCCUUCAACAUCCACCUGUCGUACCAUGGCGCCGGCGCGCAUAUGGAGCUGAUUCCAUUACCUGACCUCAUGGAGUUCUUCAUUGGACUGAACAAUCUCAACCUCCUUUAUUUCUGGGGUGUUGGGUUGGACCGACUUGCCAUCCUCGCCUUCUUGCCGAGACUGAACAAGGACAAAGUUUACAUGAUCCUGAUCUGGCCACCAUCGGCAUGGUUCUUGCAACAACCUUGGGAUGCUUCUUCUUCCAUGUUCCAGGUCAUUGCAGUCUUCAGCGUCGGUAUCUUCGUGGUCAUCACUGGCUGUAUCCGUCUGUACUACAUCAAGACCAUGGACUGGAAAGACAUUCAGAUGGCCACCAUCGGAGUGUGGACCGACCUGGAAUCUCAUAUUGGUCUGUGGUGCGCGUGCUUCCCGGCGCUUCAGCCCGUCAUCAGGAUCGUCGCCUUCAAGCUCGGCCUCCGCUCCACCCUCGACAGCUACGCCCGCAAGACGGCAGGCGCCGGGGGCGUCUCGCACGGCUCGCGGCCCGGCAACUCGUCCACACACAUGCGCUCAGGCCACCGCUACCUGCGCAGCGGCGCGGGCGUGGAUGUCAAGACCGAGGCUUCCAACGAGAGCCAGACCAACAUUAUCGACCCGGUCAGGGACUACGAGCUGUCGAAGCUCCCCAAGAUCACCAAGGAGACCGAGGUCCGCGUGGAGGUGCAAUUCCGCGGCGCAGCCGGCAAGGACAGGAAAGAGAACUGGAUCGAUGUUUGA